AAUAAUAACAAACGCAAAUAAAAGUCUCGCGAAAAUCUUUGCUCUUGAAAAUCUCGCGUUACAUUCAAAAGUAAAUUUGCGGAAUUUUUCUGUCACAGUAAAAAUCUGAAGGUGAAUGUUAAACUACGCGAGAAAUUAUGUGUGGGGAACAAACCAAUUAUGCUGCCUCAGAAAUGGAAUUGUCACGCGAUUCAUUACGACACAAGAAGUUGCAACAGCUUUGAGACCUUUUUACUUUGUCGUUCAUCCAGAUUUGUUUGGAAAGUUUCCCGAACAAAGAAGCACAAAUGAAGACUCGCUACAAAGGUUAAGUGCUCAUUUAGAAGCUCUAACAAAACAUCGACUGCUUGAUACAACCCCAAAAACGCUUCCAUUCUACGUUCGUGCUCAAAAUACAGAAAAUACUCUCGUGAAUGUCCCGUUGGAACGAACUCUCGACACGAAAAAGGUCAUAAAAGGGAUUUUGGAAGCUUGUAAACUCGCAACUGAUCAAGUCGACAAACUCCAAACGGAUUUCGAGAGUAUCUAUUAUGCUCAGGAAGCACAACGUUCAAAGAAAUCCCGAAAAAACACAAGCGGCUUUGAGAAAUAUGACGAAUUCUAUGGGACAGGAGAUGAAUUUCAGUUUUUUUGGUAUCAAGCAUCGAAGAAACGCGAAGAAACAACACUUUUGCCAUGGAUACGAAAAAAUCGUAUUGAAGCAAUUAAACGGUCUGAUGCAAAAAUGCUCCUAACUGUCGAAGUAAACAAAUUACGAGACGAACUAAGUGAUCGACUAAAGCUAAAAAAUCUCAUUUACGAUUGCGGAUGGAAUUUAGAACAUUUUCGAGGAUGUCUGAAAGCACUUGAACGACUCCAUGAACUUCAUUCAUCCGAAAUGCACAAUCUCACGGGACGAACAGUUGUUUUUGCGAGUUUCACAGGCGUGAGUUUGGAAGGUAAUGUGAUGCUUUUUACGGGUGAUGUGCCAACAAAUUGGCUCGAGUUGAUCAAAAAUCUUCCGAAACACGAUAUGUACCUGAUGAAAAUCCCCGCUUAUGAAUAUGCUUUGUCGCAAGUUUUGUUGAAGAUACGCGUUGCGAGAAGGAAAUUCAUGCCAAAAGCACAAGCGAAUGCUUAUACGAGUCAUUUGAGGAAAGUUACGACAAGUUUGUUGGAUUACUUGAGUAUGAGAAAAUAUCCGAAAACGUGGCCUGAAACACUCGAAGAUUACGAAUUGGUUGUCGAAUCAGAAGCAGGACCUUUAAUGAUAUCGCCAACGGGACAAAUUGUUGUUCCUGCAACGCAUCCGGGAUCGUUACUCGUUGAUUUUAUCACAAAUCAUUUGGAUGAGGCAAAACAAAAGCAACUUGUCUAUCAAAGUAAUAAACAUCUUGAACGUGAUUUGGAAGAAAAAUGCAUCCAAAACAUGCGUUUGUUAUCUCUCACAAAAGAUGACUCCGUAACGCCUGACAAAAUGAUAGAGUGCCUUACACGUUUGCUCGAACUCGACCCAGAUAACGUCAAUUUAACGAAUGUUCAUCUCCAUAUCACGAAUUACUUCUCCGUACUCGCAGAUGGCACAGUUUGUAUCCCCUUCGACUUCAAAAUGUAGUAUUUUUCUUAAAAGUUCC